CCAGUCUGUGUAGUCGAUGACAGAUCUCAUCGUUCGGUCCUUCACAGGAUGCCGCGUCAUUCCGCUCUGAUGUUUGAAUGAAAGUCAGUGUGAACGCGCAGGAUUCAAACCGGAUUCACGGACACGGACACGGACACACAUCAUGCCUGUAUUCACCGUGAAUGUGAAGUGGGGUAAGGAGAAGUUUGAGGAGGUGGAGUUGAACACUGAUGAACCCCCGAUGGUGUUUAAAGCUCAGCUCUUCGCUCUUUCUGGAGUUCAACCUGAUCGACAGAAGGUCAUGGUGAAGGGAGGAACGCUGAAGGAUGAAGACUGAAACAUCAAGAUCAAAAAUGGAAUGACGUUCCUGAUGAUGGGAUCAGCAGAGGCGCUUCCCGAGGAGCCGUCUGUUCGGCCGAUGUUUGUGGAGGACAUGACUGAAGAGCAGCUUGCCUCAGCCAUGGAGUUACCGUGUGGACUGACGAAUUUGGGGAACACAUGCUACAUGAACGCCACAGUGCAGUGCCUCCGCUCAGUGCCUGAACUCAGAACCUCUCUUAAGAAGUAUUCUGGUGCGUUGAGAUCCUCCGGAGCGAACGCGCCGCCUCAGUACAUCACAGCAGCUCUGCGUGAUCUAUACGAGGCGAUGGAUAAAAGUUCCUCCAGUAUUCCUCCUAUCAUCCUGCUGCAGUUCCUGCACAUGGCCUUCCCUCAGUUUGCUGAGAAAGGAGACCAGGGACAGUAUCUACAGCAGGAUGCCAAUGAGUGCUGGGUCCAGCUGAUGCGGGUUCUCCAGCAAAAAUUAGAACCCGAAGAACCUGAAACCCCGAUGGACACAGGUGACGCUGACGGCGCAGCUGUCGCUUCGUCUAAAAAGAAUUUCAUUGAUAAGUUUUUUGGGGUGGAGUUUGACACUACAAUGAAAUGCACAGAGAAGGAAGACGAGGAACCCACCAAAGGAACAGAGAGCCAGCUGCAGAUCAGCUGCUUCAUCAACCAGGAGGUCAAAUAUCUGGCAACCGGCAUUAAAAUGCGCCUGCAGGAAGAAAUAACUAAAUUUUCUCCAUCUCUAGAGAGGGAUGCUCUGUAUAUUAAAUCGUCUAAAAUCAGUCGUCUCCCGGCGUACCUCACUGUUCAGAUGGUUCGCUUCUUCUACAAAGAGAAGGAGUCUGUUAACGCCAAAGUCCUGAAGGACGUGAAGUUCCCCCUCAUGCUGGACGUGUAUGAGCUGUGCACAGCAGAGCUGCAAGAAAAAAUGGUGUCUAUGAGGUCCAAGUUCAAGGUCAUGGAGGAUAAAAAGCUGGAGAAACAGCAGCAGAAGAUCAAUAAAAAGAUUGAAGCUCCAAAAGAAGUGAAAUACGAAGCCUUUUCAUUUCCUGAUGAUUUGGGCUCCAAUAACAGCGGUUACUACGACUUGCAGGCUGUUCUGACACAUCAGGGCCGCUCAAGCUCCUCUGGCCAUUACGUCGCCUGGGUCAAGAGGAAAGAAGAUGAGUGGGUGAAGUUUGAUGAUGACAAGGUGAGCCUGGUCACACCUGAAGACAUCCUGAAGCUUUCAGGAGGCGGAGACUGGCACAUUGCUUAUGUUCUGGUUUACGGUCCACGCCGUCUUGAAGUUAUGGAAGAAGAACAGAAAUAGCACUCGUACACACCUUCAGGAGUUCUUUACCAUCAUCUCCGAGCACUGUCUGCAUAGGAUGGGCAAUAAACCCUGGUGUCUUUCAAACCCCACCUCUCAUCACGUCAGCGUGGUCUGUGCGCAGGAGCCACCACUGACUCAUUUUCUCAAUCUUUUUUUUAAGUUUGUCUCAUAACCUGUGGUCUUCAGACAAUUAAAGCAGUUGAUAUGGUGAUGAACAUCGAAAUACACAUUUCCUGAUUUGCGCCA